AGUCCUUGAGGCUGAUCAUAAUCCCGGGCGGUUCUGGUGCGGUGACACUGUGAUCCAGAUGUCCCGGCUGCUGCUCCAGAAGCUCCAGAGGCUCCGGCGGCUCUCGCCCGGGUCGGAGCGCUCUUUGAGCAGCCUGCCCUCCGCACAGGUCCGCAAAACCUUCUUGGACUUCUUCCGGGACAAACACCGACAUUUGGUGGUUCCCUCCGCUCCGGUCCGGCCCAGAGGAGAUCCCAGCCUGUUGUUCGUGAACGCCGGCAUGAACCAGUUCAAGCCGAUCUUCCUGGGGACGGUGGACCCCCGCAGCCCGAUGGCGUCAUACCGCCGCGUGGCCAACAGUCAGAGAUGUGUCCGAGCCGGCGGCAAGCACAACGAUCUGGAUGACGUGGGUCGGGACGUGUAUCACCACACUUUCUUCGAGAUGCUUGGGAACUGGUCCUUUGGAGACUACUUCAAGGAAGAGGCUUGUCAGAUGGCUUGGAGCCUCCUCACAGAGCAUUACGGGAUACCACCUGAAAGACUCUACGUGUCGUAUUUUGGUGGAGAUGCUGCAUCGGGUCUGCUGGCUGAUGAGGAAACGCGGAACAUCUGGCUGGACCUGGGGGUUCCUCCUGCUCGCGUCCUGCCGUUUGGUUUGAAAGAUAACUUCUGGGAGAUGGGUGACACGGGGCCCUGCGGCCCCUGCACCGAGAUCCACUACGACCACGUCGGGGGCCGAGACGCUGCUCGGCUCGUCAACGCGGACAGUCCAGAGGUGGUGGAGAUCUGGAACCUGGUCUUCAUCCAAUACAACAGGGAGGCGGACCACAGUCUGCGCUUGCUGCCCCAGUUCAGCGUGGAUACUGGGAUGGGACUGGAGAGACUGGUCAGCAUCCUGCAGGGCAAACGGUCCAACUACGACACCGACCUCUUCACACCGCUGCUGGACGCCAUCCACCAGAGGUCGGGGGUGGGGCCUUACGGCGGUAGGACGGGGGAGGCGGACGAGGGCCAGGUGGAUCGGGCCUACAGGGUGGUAGCAGACCACAUCCGUACCUUAUCAGUCUGCAUCGCUGACGGGAUCCAUCCUGGGAUGUCCGGAGCCGAGUUGGUGCUGAGGAGGAUCUUGAGGCGGGCGGUCCGGUUCUCUGUUGAGGUUCUGAAGGCUCCACAGGGGGCGUUGGCCAGCCUGGCUCCUACAGUCGUUCAUAUCCUGGGCGACACAAACCCAGACCUGACCCGGGAGGCGGACCGGAUUGUUGAUGUCAUCAACGAGAACGAGGCUCACUUCCUGUCGUCUCUGCAGCACGGCAGCCGGCUGAUCCAGAGAACCGUCAGCCGGAUGGGGGCCGCAGGAAGCCCCUUUCCUGCCUUGGUGGCCUGGUCUCUGCACCGUGACUUGGGCUUUCCUCUGGACCUGGUGGACCUGAUGUUGGAGGAGAGAGGCGUCCAGGUGGACCGUCUGGAGUUGGACCGACUUAUCUCUGAGAACCAGAAGAUGCUGUUGGAGCAGCAGGCGGGUGUUAGGCCCCGUCUCCUGCCGGACGUCCUGAGCCUGGCCGAGCUGCAACGCAGCGGCGUCCCCAACACCGACGACACACCGAAGUACCGGUACCAGCUGGAGGACGGGCGAUACGUGUUCCCAGCAUGCCGAGCCACAGUCCUGGCUCUGUAUAAUGGUCAGGCGCUCGUUCCGGAGGUCAGCGAGGGUCAGCGCUGCGGAGUCAUUCUGGACCGAACCCGUUUUUACUCAGAGCAGGGGGGGCAGUCACAUGACCAGGGCUACCUGACACGGGACGGGCUGCAGGAUGUUCUGUAUUCGGUGGAGGCGGUGACCCGGGCCGGAGGAUACGUGGUCCAUCAGAUCACUGCUGCAGACAAGCUGCGGACCGGAGACCAGGUCCACCUGCACCUCGACCAGGCCCACCGGCUGUCCUGCAUGGCAAAACACACAGCGACUCACAUCCUGAAUUUCGCUCUGAGGAAAGUUCUGGGUCAAUCUGUGCAACAGAGAGGUUCUCACAUAUCAGCCGACCGCCUGCGCUUCGACUUCAGCAUGAAGGGUUCUCUCAGUUCCUCCCAGCUGCAGCAGGUAGAAACGUGUGUCAAUGACAUAAUCUCCGCUGAUCAGGUGGUCUACAGCCUGGAGGUUCCGCUGCAGAAAGCCAGAACCAUCCAGGGCCUGAGGACGGUGGAUGAGGUGUAUCCGGACCCAGUUCGGGUGGUGUCGCUCCAGGUUCCAGUGUCGGAACUGUUGGACGGUGGAACAGAGAGAGAGACGUCUGUGGAACUCUGCUGUGGAACACACCUGCUGCAGACCAGCACCAUCCAGGAUCUUGUGAUCGUCUCAGAGAAGCAGCUGGUGAAAGGAAUCAGCCGCAUCGUGGCUGUGACGGGUCAGGAUGCUGUCCAGGCGAGGGACAUGGGACGAGUUUUAUCUCAGGAAGUGGACUCCCUAUCAGCAAGACUCUCCGACUCCGCCCCCUCCAGCCUAGGCUCCGCCCAUCACUUCUCCAAGGAGGCUAGCACCCUGUCUGAUUCUGUAGACAACACCCCCAUUCCACAGUGGCAGCGCAGAGAGAUGCAGGCCCGACUGCGAGCCAUGCUCAGAGCCAUCAACACGCUCAUCAGGAAACUGGAGACCCAACAGGCUGCAAAGAACGCAGCGGUCCUGUUUCAGAAGAAUGGCAAGAAGGAGCUGCUGGUAGACUGUGUGGAGACGGACUCGCUGUCGGUUCUAAUGAAGACCGUCAACCAGCUGAGUGCCGCCACUCCUCUCAGUCAUGUGAUGCUGCUUUCUCACCAGAAGGAUUCUGGGAAAAUUCUCUGUGCCUGUCAAGUUCCUAAGGAGUCUUCCACCCUACCUGCCUCUGAUUGGGCGGUGGCAGUUUGCCGCCAACUUGGAGGAAGUGCCGGAGGCUCAGCUCUUGUCGCCAAGGGAACAGGAAGCUUUGGUGACAUCAAAGAGGCACUGCGGUGGGCUGAAGACUUCGCCCGCCAGAAGACAAAACAGUGAUGUCACAGAGGCUCCGCCCACAGCUUGGACAAGAAGCUGAUCACAAACUUAUGAACUGUUGAGAAAAUUUCUUUGUUAUAGAAGAAAUAAAAGCUGAACUUGGAAUUACUGA